AUGCCUCGGUUGUUUUGCACGGGCUGCGAAGCUCUUGGCCGGGAGCUCUCCAUUGCGGACCCUCGCCAACUUGCUCUUGGCCCUGGGGACCCCAACUCAGACCAGAUUGGUGCGUGGUUGCAAGUGGGCUCUGACGAUGACUUACAGUAUGUGCCGCGUAACGUACGGCGCAUUCUGCGACGAAUUGCAUUGGACCGUCAGCUCCAACGGCCUGAUGACUCGGUUUCCACCCUGCCUGGUUCCGUCGUGGGUGUCCCAGGCCUUUGGGCAUGCCAAGCUAACCACUCGGACCUGGUCUUCCAACCCGAGUUGGCGUCUCUGGAUGAGCGCAAGGUCUGA